GCUUUGUUGUGAUUUUCGUGGCUCGCAAAACAGAGUGAUUUUCGUGCCCAGGAGAGGAUGGCUGCUCCCAAGAUAACGGACUAUGACAUGCUGGAAAAGUUGGGUUCCGGAAGCUACGCAACCGUCCACCGAUGUCAGAAGAAGGAUACGAAAGAGAUCCUGGCUGUGAAAUGCGUGGAGAAGAAGCAACUGACCAAAUCCUCAGUGGACAACAUCGUCACAGAGAUAAGACUGCUGAAGAGGCUGAAGCAUCGGCACAUCGUGGAGAUGCACGACUUCCUGUACGAUGACAAGAACAUCUACAUUGUGAUGGAGUACUGCAAUUCCGGGAGUUUAUCGGCUUUCAUAAAGAGGCGAAAUGUGCUUCCAGAGACGACGUGUCGGUUCUUCUUGAGACAGCUGGCGCUGGCACUGGAGUACAUGAGGUCCAACAAUGUGAGUCACUUCGACUUGAAACCGCAGAAUCUUCUGCUGACGAAAACACCCCAAGUAGUCCUCAAAGUAGCGGACUUUGGCUUCGCCCAGCACAUCGAGCUGGGUCAGGAAAACACCACCAUCAGGGGUUCCCCACUGUACAUGGCCCCAGAGAUUCUCCUGCGAAACUGUUACGACUGCAAAGCAGAUCUGUGGAGCAUUGGUGUGAUUCUCUAUGAGUGUCUCUUCGGGAAGGCUCCGUACAGUUCAAAAUCCCUCCCAGAGUUGCUAGAGAAGAUCCAGAAGUUGCAGCGAAUUGACAUUCCGCGGAACACACGGAUAUCGCCGGAAUGUGAGGAUCUCCUCUCACGCUUGCUGCAGCACGAUCGGGACAAGAGAAUAGACUUCAAGGACUUCUUCCAGCACGACUUCCUUGACCUGAGACAUGCACCUUGCGAGGAGAAUUUCCAGCGUGCCCUUGAGAUUGUCCGGGAGGCCGUGGAAGCGGACAAUCGCGGUGAGUUGGACCAGGCUUACCAUCUCUACUGCGAGAGCCUCCAGUUCUUCGUGCCGUACAUCCAAGCAGAGCAGGAUGUGGCCAAGAAGCAAGCUCUGCGCGGUCGAGUGCGGACUUACAUGCAGCGAGCUGAGGAGAUACAGCACGCCUUGAGCGGCGAGAAGACUUCGGUUCAGAAUCCCGUCCAAAAUGCACUCACACCGCGCUUGGUGUACCAGCAACUCUACUCUCUGAGUCACUCUAGUCCGGCGCUCAAGAACAGCCUCGAGAUCGGGCGCCAGGGGGAACUUUACGUGCACGAGGGUAAUUAUAAGGCUGCUCUGGAGGGACUGAAGAGCUCCUUGGGCGGCCUAGUGCCACUCUUGGGCCAGGAGCCGAAGGGACAGCGCCGAGAUCUGCUGCAUCAGCAGAUUCAGACGUGGAUGAGGGAGGCGGAGAGCCUGAAGUCUCUGCUUUCUGCCCAGAACAUGCAGGAGAGUAGUGAGAGUCAAAACGCCAACACUCAGUCGCAUUGCUGCAUUCAGUGA